AGGGCGGCGUUGCCCUCUAGUGACGGGGUAGGGGAUGCCGGGCGAAGAGGAGGAGGAGGCCGAAGCGGGGGUCGCGGGCAGCGCCGCCUCCCCGCCGGCGGAGGAGUGGGGCACUCGGCAGCGCUAUGAGGAGCUCUGCAGCAGCCUCAACAUGGACGAGCGCGCCCGGGCCGAGGCCUGGCUCAGCUACCAGGGCAUGAAGCGUAACUACACCCUGGAGGGGAAUGAUCUACACUGGCUAGCAUGUGCCUUAUAUGUGGCUUGCAGAAAAGCAGUCCCAACUGUGAGCAGAGGGACAGUCGAGGGAAACUAUGUAUCCUUAACAAGAAUAUUGCGCUGUUCAGAACAGAGCUUGAUUGAGUUUUUUAACAAGAUGAAGAAAUGGGAAGACAUGGCAAAUCUACCCUUGCAAUUCAGAGAACGUACUGAGAGACUGGAGAGAAACUUCACUGUUUCUGCUGUAAUUUUUAAGAAGUAUGAACCCAUUUUCCAGGACAUUUUCACGUAUCCUCAAGAUGAUCAACCUCGUCAACAAAGAGGAAGAAAACAGAGACGACAGCCUUGCACAGUCUCUGAAGUUUUCCAGUUUUGUUGGGUGCUGUUUGUUCAUGCAAAAGGAAAUUUUCCCAUGAUCAGUGAUGACUUAGUCAAUUCCUACCAUCUCUUGCUAUGUGCUUUGGAUCUAGUGUAUGGAAAUGCUCUACAGUGUCCUAAUCGUAGGGAACUUCUGAAUCCUACCUUUAAAGGCCUUCCUGAAGACUUUCACAGUAAGGAUUAUAAACCAUCUUCUGACCCUCCCUGCAUCAUUGAAAAACUCUGUUCCUUACAUGAUGGUUUGGUUUUGGAUGCCAAAGGCAUAAAGGAACAUUUUUGGAAGCCAUAUAUUAGGAAACUUUUUGACAAGAAGAUUUUAAAAGGCAAGGAAGAAAAUCUGACUGGAUUUUUAGAUCCUGGGAACUUUGGAGACAGCUUCAAGGCCAUCAACAAAGCCUAUGAAGAGUAUGUUUUGUCAGUUGGAAAUCUGGAUGAGCGGAUAUUUCUGGGGGAGGAUGCAGAUGAGGAAAUUGGAACUCUGAGAAGGUGCCUAAACACAGCUUCAGGAAUGGAAACAGCUGAAAGAGUGCAAGUGAAGUAUAAUCUGCAGCAGCACUUUGACAGAUCUAAAUCACUUAGAAUUACAACACCUCUUACUGGCCGCAAGUAUAUUAAAGAGAGCAACCCCAAUGUGACCCCUGUUUCCAUAGCAACAUACAACUUGAGCCGUCUUCAUACAAUGCUGACAGGACUAAAAAAUGCCCCCAGUGAAAAUCUGGAGCAAAUACUCAGGGCAUGUUCCAGGGAUCCUUCUCAAUCUAUUGCAAAAAGAGUGAAAGAAAUGUAUGAAGUAUAUUGUCAGUGCGCACAAUCUGAGGGAGAAUUCAGUAAUUUCUCCAAGGAUAAUGCUGGCAAGCAUUUUCGUCUUGCUGAGGUUCUUUACUACAAGGUAUUAGAGUCUGUCAUUGAGCAGGAGAGGAGAAGAUUAGGAGACACUGACUUAUCAGCAAUACUGGAGCAGGAUGUGUUUCACAGGUCUCUCCUGGCAUGUUGCCUUGAGAUAAUUACUUUUUCAUACAAGCCUCCUGGAACUUUCCCAUUUAUUACUGAAAUCUUUGAUGUACCUGUUUAUCACUUUUAUAAGGUAAUAGAGAUUUUUAUUAGAGCAGAAGAUGGCCUUUGUAGAGAGGUGGUAAAACACCUUAAUCAUAUUGAAGAGCAAAUCUUGGAGAGUAUGGCAUGGAAACGUGAAUCUCCACUGUGGGACAGAAUCCGAGAUAAUGAGAACAAAGUUCCUACCUGUGGGGAGGUAAUGCCACCUCACUAUUUUGAAAGAUCUAAUGGGAACAGUCUGGUAGGCUCUCCUUUGACUCCAAGAAGGAUCAGUGAAGUUCGUGCUGAAACUGGAGGGCUUGGAAAAGGCCUUUCGUCUUCUCCAACCACCUUGUAUGACAGAUACAGUUCUCCUACAACCAAUCCUACUAGGAGAAGGCUAUUUGUGGAUAAUGAUAAUCCCCCUGACAGUGGAACUCCUGUAAGAGUUUCACAGCAGCCUGUAGUAAAUACUGUGCCAGUGCAGAAUGUGACACCUGAAACUAUGUCAGUUACUCCAGUGCCUGGACAGACUUUGGUUACUGUAGCAACUGCCACUGUCACAGCCAACAACGGACAAACUGUUACAAUACCAGUACAAGGCAUCGCCAAUGAAAAUGGAGGAAUAACUUUCUUCCCAGUUCAGGUAAAUGUAGGUGGUCAGGCUCAAGCUGUCUCUGGCUCCAUCCAGCCACUCAGUGCCCAGACCCUUGCCAGUGGUACCCUUAACACUCAGAUGAGUGGGACAACCCUUCAGUUACCAAGCCAAGUUGCGGUUCAACAGAUCUCUCCUUCUGGAGACCAACAAAGACAAAACCAGCAGUUCUCUACCACCAGCAGCACCAAACCCCGAAAGACUGGCUCUCUGUGUCUUUUCUUUAGAAAGGUUUAUCACUUAGCAAGUGUUCGGCUGCGGGAUCUCUGUGUCAAACUGGAUAUUUCUGAUGAGUUGAGGAAGAAAAUCUGGACAUGUUUUGAGUUUUCCUUGGUACAGUGCCCUGAGCUCAUGAUGGACAGACAUUUAGAUCAGCUGUUAAUGUGUGCCAUUUAUGUAAUGGCGAAGGUUACAAAGGAAGAUAAGUCAUUUCAGAACAUCAUGCGCUGCUAUAGGACCCAACCACAAGCAAGGAGUCAUGUAUAUCGGACUGUCCUGAUAAAGGGCAGAAGACAGCGCCGUCGUUCUGGCAGUAGUGAUAGUAGUAUCCAACAGAAUUCCCCAACAGAGAGAAGUAAAGACAGAGCUAGUAGAGACUCUAGUCCUGUCAUGAGAUCUAGCAGCACCCUGCCAGUUCCGCAGCCGACUAGUGCCCCCCCAACUCCCACACGACUGACAGGCGCAAACAGUGAUAUUGAGGAGGAGGAGCGAGGGGACCUUAUUCGGUUCUAUAACAACAUCUAUAUUGAACAAAUGAAAGAAUUUGCCCUGAAGUACUCUUCCACAAAUGCUACUGAUGCUCCUCCACUAUCUCCUUAUCCAUUUGUAAGAAUUGGCUCCCCCCGCAGAAUACAGCUGUCCCAGAAUCACUCAAUAUACAUCUCACCACACAAAAAUGAGUCUACACUUUCUCCGCGAGAGAAAAUAUUCUACUACUUCAGCAGUAGCCCCUCUAAGAGGCUGAGUGAGAUUAACAGCAUGAUUAGAACUGGAGAGACCCCCACAAAGAAAAGAGGCAUUCUCUUGGAAGAUGGUACUGAAUCACCAGCCAAACGGAUCUGUCAGGAGAAUCACACUGCUCUACUAAGAAGAUUACAAGAUGUAGCAAAUGAUAGAGGUUCUCACUGAGUUUCAUCAAUUGUUUGUGUUCCAGAGCAGAUAGGUCCUUUCUUCAUCUGUCCAGGGUGUGACUACGAAGCAUUUUUUGUGGAUUCAUGAAGCCUUUGAGCAUCUUCCAUUUCACGACUGCCAUCUUCCUAGCUAACCUGUGGCUGAGAAUGGUAGUAUUUGAUUUUCAAACAGAAAUCUCCCUUUAGACUGCAUUGCUUCUUUGAACUGUCCCAUAAAGGGGAGUGGAGACUGAUGCUGCACACUUUGUCCCAUUGUGGUCAAGCACAUUGCUAAGUGAUACUUCCACCUCUGAGGCUAACCCUGGGCAUUCAGAUUUCACAUUUAGCUUAUAUGCUGUGCUUUACUAUGAGGACAUGUGCAAGUUUUUAUAUA